CUGUCUAAUUACCAGCCCACGUCAAGCUUUCCGCAGGAUUCAAGGAAGAUAUUUGAUAUUUCGGAGGUUUAUAAAUGUUGCGACGAGCUCUCUUUAACGCUUUAAAAUUUGCUUAUUGUUCUAUAGAGAGAGAUGAUUGUUCUGUCGAGAUGUCAUACAUCAAAGGCCGUGGAAGUAAGAAAUAUGGAUGGUGGAGGUGAUGGAAAGUACGAGCGGGAGGGUGUGUGUAAAUCUCUAACUGUGUGGAGAAAGUCACUCUUGUUCAGUUGUAAUGGGUUUACAGUGAUCGAUUCUGAUGGGAAGUUGGUUUUUAGGGUCGACAAUUAUAUGGACGGUCAUAGGGAAGAGAUCCUCCUCAUGGACGGUUCAGGCAACCCCCUCCUCACUAUGCGUCGCAAGAAGCUUAUGACAUUUGUAGAGAAUUGGCUUAUAUUCGAAGGCGAAGGAAGUGAGGAAGUGUGCAGAAGCAGAUCGGCGAAGAAGAAGCCAACACCAAUCUUCUGCGUAAGGAAACACAUGAAUCUUCUGAGCUCUAAUUCGAGUGUGCUAGCUCAUGUGUUUACAGGAUCUUCUUCAUCCAACACCAGAUUCCUUUACGUGAUUGAAGGCUCCUACUGCCAAAGAUCGUGCCAAGUGCUCGAUGAGUCGAGGAAGGUGAUGGCAGAGAUUAAGAGAAAGGAAGCCAUGUCGCAAGGAGGAAGAGGAGGAAUCUCCUUCGGUGUCGAUGUCUUUCUUUUGAUCGUACGAUCCGAUUUCAACCCUGGUCUUGCAAUGUCUCUCGUUUUACUUCUUGACCAAAUGUUCUCCUGAUUCGUUUUCGUUUACCAGACAGACACCCAGGAAAAAAAAAUCAAAGAAUUAAUUAAAAGAAGAGAGAAAUAUUUAAUGUUUGAACUCGCACCGGGUCGGGAAUCAAAAAACCGGAGAUAGAGUAUCGACCCCUGUACCUCUCGCAUGUUAAGUGACUGCUCUACCAUCUUAGCUACAUUCCCAUCAUAACAUAUUUUCAUCAAAUCACAUUUUGAUUGUUUUUUUUUCUCCCUACUUGUUCCUCACCACAAAUAAAAAAAAAAAAGGCAAAUCUCUUUCGUCCAGUACCUCCAUGAUUCCAUCUCUGUCCUGACACACGCAUCUUGUAGAUAAGUCCAAACGUUCGAG